CGAGGCGCUGGCCGACAUGGGCCGUCACGGCGCGCCGCCGCCCUCCAGCCUGCCGCAGCUGCGGCCGGACAUGGUGUACGGCCACCCGCACCCGGCCAUGAGCUCGCCGCACACGCCGCCGGGCGCGCGGCCUCACCAGAUGUGGGAUAUGAUGUACAUGGGCGCGCCGCGCGCCGCGCCCGUCCCCUCCGCCAAGCCGCAGCAGGUGGGCGAGCCCCCGCGCGACCGCUGGAUGUGUCCGCCUUACUCGGAGGGCCUGGAGAUGAUGGACCACCUGAGUGGCGCCACGGCCACGUCCAUGCCGGGCCUCGGCGGCAUGGCCGACAACUCGCACCACCCGGCGCCGCUGCACCCGCCCGUCUACUCGCACCCCAUCAACACCAUGAUGACGCACCACCAGGUGGGCCUGCACGAUGCCGACACGGAUCCGCGCGAGCUCGAGGCCUUCUCGGAGCGCUUCAAGCAGCGGCGCAUCAAGUUGGGCGUGACGCAGGCGGACGUGGGCCGCGCGCUGGCCAACCUCAAGCUGCCCGGUGUCGGCGCGCUCUCCCAGUCGACCAUCUGCCGCUUCGAGUCGCUCACGCUCAGCCACAACAACAUGAUCGCGCUGAAGCCGGUGCUGCAAGCCUGGCUGGAGGAGGCCGAGGCACAGGCGCGUAACAAGCGGCGCGACCCCGAGGCACCGUCCGUACUGCCCAGCGCCGAGAAGAAGCGGAAGAGGACGUCGAUCGCGGCGCCCGAGAAGCGCUCGCUGGAGGCCUACUUCAGCGUGCAGCCGCGCCCCUCCGGCGAGAAGAUCGCCGCUAUCGCCGAGAAGCUCGACCUCAAGAAGAACGUGGUGCGCGUGUGGUUCUGCAACCAGCGCCAGAAGCAGAAGCGCAUGAAGUUCGCCGCGCAGCACCACUGACAAACAAUGAAAGCCGAGCCGGACUCGCUUGGCUUUCAAGGAUACGC